GGGGUGGGAUGAGAGGUGGGUUGGGGUUGCUCUAAACACCAAACCCUCUCGCGACAACGGAUAAGGCUUUUCUGCCUCGCCUCCUCCCUUCCCAAUCGCUCGCUCCUCUCCUCUCUUCUUCCUCCCCGACAAUGGCGACCGCCAUUUCCUCUCUGAUUACCCCUCCGGCCCUCCAUCUCCGAUGCCGGAGCCCUGCCUCGGCCUCCGUCUCCGUCUCCGCCCCCGCCCGCCUCUCCUUCCGUGCCGCCGCGGCGCCGCAGGCCUGGCGCCGGGGGUUGGCGCUGCGGGUGGCCGCCUCCUCGGCGGUGCUCGAGGCGCCGGCGGAGGUGGCGGCGCGGAAGCUCUACGUCGGGAACAUCCCCCGGACCGUCACCAACGACGAGCUCCGCGACAUGUUCGCCGCGCACGGCACCGUCGAGCGGGCCGAGGUUAUGUAUGACAAGUACACCAAUCGGAGCCGGCGGUUUGGAUUUGUCACGAUGAGCACCGUGGAGGAGGCCAAUGCUGCAAUUGAGGCUCUCAAUGAGACUGAGGUUGGUGGUAGAAAAAUUAAAGUGAACGUCACAGAGAGCUUCUUACCGAACAUUGAUCGAUCAGCACCAGAACCGGAGCCUGUAUUUGUGGAUAGUCAGUACAAGGUUUAUGUUGGUAAUCUUGCGAAGACUGUGACAACGGAAGUUCUUAAAAAUUUCUUCGCUGAAAAGGGGCAGAUACUCAGUGCCACGGUUUCCCACAUUCCUGGGACUUCAAAAUCCAAGGGAUACGGCUUCGUCACCUUCUCUUCCGAGGAAGAAGUUGAAGCUGCUGUUGCUACUUUCAAUAACGCGGAAUUGGAAGGACAACCCAUUCGUGUGAAUAGAGCUUAGAUUAGCAGAAAUUUGCAUGACCAUUGAAGGUGGGGGGCAUGUCUCGGUGAAUACAUGUAGAAUGAGAGAUACUUGGAGGCUAGAUUUUGAUAAAAAAGUGUUCAAGACCUUCAAUGUAAUUUCAAUCCAUCAAACAGUUUUCGUAUGAUAACAGUACAUGUGAAGAGUUUUUCUUGUCAAAGUCAUUGUUCAUAUGAUUGCAUUUGGACCUUUUAUUUUUACAUCGCUUCUAUUUA